CAUCUCUUGAACACAUCCGCGUAUCUCUCUCUUUCUCUUUCUCUCUCUUCCUCUUCUCCAAGUGCAACUUGACAAUGGCCACUAUUUCGGAAAACCUAACCAGAGAACAAUGUGUCUACUUGGCGAAACUGGCCGAGCAGGCAGAGAGGUACGAAGAGAUGGUCCACUACAUGGAGAAGCUAGUUGCAGGGGCGACUCCGGCCGGUGAGCUCACCGUCGAGGAGAGAAAUCUCCUAUCCGUUGCCUACAAGAAUGUAAUCGGAUCUCUUCGAGCAGCUUGGAGGAUUGUUUCAUCCAUCGAGCAGAAGGAGGAGUCUCGCAAGAACGACGAACACGUUGUUCUCGUUAAAGAUUACAGAUCUAAGGUUGAAGAUGAGCUUACACAGGUCUGUGCCGGUAUUCUGAAGCUUCUGGACUCGAACGUCGUACCUUCUGCAACCACAAGUGAGUCGAAGGUGUUUUAUUUGAAGAUGAAAGGUGAUUAUCAUAGAUAUCUAGCGGAGUUUAAAGUUGGGGAUGAGCGGAAGGAAGCUGCAGAGGAUACUAUGAAUGCUUACAAGGCUGCUCAGGAUAUCGCACUUGCUGACUUGGCUCCCACGCAUCCCAUAAGGCUAGGGCUGGCACUUAAUUUCUCGGUUUUCUACUAUGAGAUUCUCAAUUCACCAGAUAAAGCUUGCAGCUUGGCCAAACAGGCUUUUGAGGAAGCAAUUGCUGAACUUGACACUCUAGGGGAAGAGUCAUACAAAGACAGCACUCUGAUCAUGCAACUCCUGAGGGACAAUCUCACUCUUUGGACAUCGGACAUGCAGGAUCCGAUAGAUGAGUCUUGAAUCAAUUAUCUUCUCUUCGAGGAGGUGGGCUUUGAAUGUCAUUACUUUAUGCUGACUGACUACUCUGUAUUAUUGGGCACCAAACCUAAAAUAUGAUUUCUGUUUGACAUUCAUUUGCUUUUUAUACUAUUGUGUUGAUUUGGAACUUUUCUAGA